AUGGAACAUAUAGGGCACAAGGCAAAUGGCAUUGACCCAAGAUAUCAGCAUAAGUUAGGCAUAACGCUUGAACCCACAAAAAUUUCAAUUGUUAAUCUGAAUACAUUGGUCCUUAUUGAAAACGAUCUUUUUUCAAAACUGUUUAUCAAACUAGUAGAGCAAGGAGAACCAAAGGUUCCUAACGAAGAAUUUGAAGAAAUAAAAAGACAAAAGGGGGAUAAAGGUAAAAAUAGAGAAGAAGUGAAGAAUGUGGUAAAUGCCCAAGAAUGGUUAGAGGAAAAUUAUCCUGAUAAGGAAAAAUAUAUUCCAUCCAUAUAUAUAAACCAACAAUUAGAAGGAGUUUUAGAUUGUAGUGGGGAGAAUGAGCAAUAUGGUGAUAAAAACUUUGGUAAAACCAGAGAAGAAAUAACAGAGUUGGAUAUAAGAGAAAAAGCCUUAGAAGGAGAAUUGGACCUUUCUGAUUUUAAGAAUUUAGAGAUACUUAAAUGUUCUGAUAAUUACCUCACUCAGAUACCUUAUCUUCCUAAUCCAGAAAAAAUGAAUUCCUUAUGA